AUGUGCAUUUUGUUAGCUACAACAGAACAUCCACAUUUUAAACUCAUAUUGAUCUCUAAUAGAGAUGAAUUUUUUGAAAGAAAGACCCAUGACACAUGUUGGCACAAUGGUGAUUAUAUACUAUCACCAUAUGAUAUGACUACUGCGUUAUAUAAUAGCGAAAAAGACAUAUAUGGAACAUGGGUUGGAAUAAAUAGAAAUGGCAAGAUAUCUGCUGUAUUGAAUCUAAGAUUUACUGGGAAAAACCAAAUUUUUUCUAAAAAUUCUCACAAGAUAAUGUCAAGAGGUAUGAUCCCUUUUAAAUAUUUAACACAGAAGCCAAUUAAUGAAGAUUUAUUUGUAAAUUGGGAAAAUUAUGAAAGGUUCCAACAAUGUUAUCCAUUUUUAGAUAAAUCUGGUGAUUUUAAUUUCUUUUAUGGUGAUAUAAAAAAAAAUGAGUAUAGAGUAAUUGAUUCAUUAGGUGAAACUUUUCAUGUACUUGAUAAAGAGAAUGGCUAUAAUAUGGUUUUAUCAAAUGAUAUAUAUAAACCAUAUAAGGAGAACGAUAUAAUGGAAUGGUCUAAAAUUAAACUAGGGAAAUUAAAAUUAAAAGAAUUAAUAGAACAAACUUCUAAUUGUAAUGAUGUGGAAAAAAUCUUUCAAAAAUGCUUCCAAAUUGCUUCAUUUUGUUCAAUUAACAAUCAAAAUGAAACCAUCAUUAAGGAUCCUAUGAUUACCACGGAAUCUAUAUUCGUACCACCUUUAAAAUGCUUGCCUAAACAAGACGUAGGGCUAACUAUGAGUGGAGGUCUUUAUUAUGGUACUAGAUCUCAACUUGUCACUCUAGUUAAUAAAGAUGGAACAGUAGUCCAUGUAUCGGAAAGAGUCUUACAUAUUCAUGAUUCUGACAUCAAUUCAUACAAUCAAUAUAACCCAAUUAAAACAAAUACAUUCAGUUUUAAUUUAUGA